AUGCGUUGGAAUCCAAUACCAGAUAUCCCGGCUGGAUUCUUCAGGGAUAUGGGGAACUUAGAGAGCUUUGUUUGUUACGGCUGUGCCCUCGGACCAACACUGUCGACCAAAUAUUUGGAAUUCCACAGUAUAACCAUAAAAGAAAUUACCAUAGUUGACAACUCAAUCUCAACUCUGCAGGUGGAUGCGAUCACAGGUUUGCAGGCCAAUACGAGUCUAAGAAUUUCAAGUAAUGAAAUUCGGGAAUUGACAGAGGUAUCAUUUCGCCCCAUGCUGGAGGUGCUCUCAGUGGGCACUGGCCACAUCAAUAUAGGCGGUGAGAUCUUCCUUGAUCACAAUGCUCCAUGA